UAGACUAUGCCAUAAAUCUGACAUCGAAAAUUGGGCAUUGUCAUGGGGGAUCUUGGCAAUCAAUUCGCUGCUUUCUCGAAAUUCGGGGAUUCAAAAUCUGACGGAAAAAAUAUCACCCUCACUCAAAUCGAUAAAUGGCUGAAACAGGCCCAAGUGUUCGACAAAAAAUUGACCACGACCGAUACGGGUAUUGAGUUUGGUAAAUUGAAGGCGAAAGUGAUAGACUUCAAAACUUUCAAUCAGUUCCUUGACAGCUUGGCCAAAGCGAAGAGUAUUCCAGUCGAUGAAAUCAAGAACAAAUUAGUGAACUGUGGAGCUCCUGGAACUCCUAAUACCACUCAGGCCGUCCAUGUUGGUGGUGUGGACAGAUUAACGGAUACCUCAAAAUAUACUGGAACACAUAAAGAAAGAUUCGAUGAGAGCGGAAAAGGAAAAGGUAUAGCAGGAAGAGAAGACAGAGCUGAUGAUUCUGGAUAUGUUUCGAAUUACAAAGGAAAGGAUACCUAUGACAAAACUCAUCCCAAAAACUAAAUAACCAACACCCCAUUUAUCUAAUUACAUCG